AUGGCAGAGGCCACAGGGCCGUUGAAUAUCUCCCUAGAGGAGUCGGUACCAUUUGUUACUAUUCUUACAAUUACUGGAGUGACAUCCAUCGCGGCUAAUUUGCUAAUCGUCGGAAUAACUUGCAAGAAUUCUCAAAGGAGAAAGGUGCAUGACUUGUUCACCUUGCAUAGCAGUUUAGUGGAUUUGCUAACCGCAUCAGUGGUGGUACCAUUCUGGAUUUUGUCCACCAUCCACAGUAGAACAAAUUUCGUGGGUGAUAUCUAUUGUAAAGUCAGCGCUACCUUAGGCCUAGUGGAACUCUUGGCUCCUGCUAUGUUCCUGAUGCUGGUUGCCACCAGCAGGCAUUGUUCAGUUAUCGACAAGAUGGCUUUCCCCAGAAUAUUCAGCGAUUUUAGGUCAAAUCUGAUGGCUGUGAUUGUAUGGUUGUUUUCAUUUUUUGAUCAGUAUUCCUCCCCAUAUUGCAUGGUCAGCUUCUCCGGAGAUCCACUGUCUCCCAGAUUUGGUGACUAA